UCAGCAGACCGCUGUUCAAACAGGAGACAUGGGACUGUGGAGUCACCGAGGGGGGGAAACUCAUCUGAGCGAGUCACCACAACAACAACCCAACAUCCAGAAGAUGUUCAAUGGACACUUUGGUUCUACUUUUUCACCUUUCCGUCUGAUUUCUGCUCAGUAAAAAAGCACCGGCAGUGAAGUUAAAUGAAGUUCUCGGUGUGUUUUUGAUACCUACAGGGCAAAGUGCCACACCUUCGCUCAGCGCAACAGCUCCACAACACAGCUGCCCAAAUGGGGUGCCAGUGCUGCAGGAUGAUAAAAAGCUACAUCUACGACCCCUCCGCAGCGGUGGAUGUGAGGAAGUCUGACUCUGCGGGCAGCUCGCUCUACCAGUCCCACCAGCUCUCAGGCGGGGCCCACGGCGGCGACCUCCGCAGCAGCCACAACAAGCAGAAGGAGGGCUUCCACAACCCGGGUUACAGCAAGUCCAACGACAGCACGCUGAAACUAGAGGUGGACAAUAACCACGUCAACCACAGGCUGCACUCCACAACCUCUACGAAGGAGCUGCACAGGCAGGGGAGCACGCCGCCCACAGAGGUGUACAUCAUCCAGCCAGAAGGUCUGGGACAGAGAUGGAUGGGGCAGGAAAAAGCCCCGAGCCAGGUGCCCGUUUACCCCAACAUACAGGAGAACGAUAAGCAAAAGAAUAAAAAAGAGAAGAAAGAGAAGAAAGAAGAAAAAAAGAAGAAACGUAAGUCAAAGGACGAGUGGGACAGCAUCAUCGAUGAGUGUGUGAUGGGCAUGGCAAUAGACGAGGUGUACGAGAUAGACGAGGGCGUGGGAGUGGCGCUGGACUUCAUGUGCGACACGGGGGACGAGGCUAGCGUCCUGUCGGUGGACAUCCACACCAGCAGCACCACCCUGUCCUCGGCGGAAACCCGGGACGGACGCAGACAGCCAAAGACUCCAGACGUUUCCACCGUCGAGAGCGGGAUCUCGGUGAUGAAGAGCGAGGACGAGGACGAGGCAAGGAACGAGGAGGUGCAGAGCGUUACGGACUCAAUGGUGGCGGAGGCCCUCGCCGCUUUGGAGGCCGCCACCGCCGGGGAGGACUGUGAGUGACAGGACUUUGUCUCACCUAAUAAACCUGAAUGUGAUUUGACAGAGCGUUCAAAACCACAACUUAGCCACGGUUCUGAAUAACACCUGUGUUUAUAAAUCAAUGAACAUGGAACGAAUGAAGGAAAACUCUGUUUACACAAAGUACAGAUUUAUUUUUGAACUCAAAAAAUCUUGGAUAUUUUUUUAUUUUUUGGUCACACUGACAGAACAUAAUGUCUGCCUUGUGAAGGACUUUCUCCAGCGCUGCGUGGUUUGCAUAAAGCCACAAAAUGAAGAGACAUCAGUGUGUAGACGGUGAACGUCGCCUGCAGCCAUAUCAGCCUGUUAGCCCUUUUGAAUCUAGUGUACUUAACAGUCCUAAAAAGCCUGUGUGAGCUCCCUCACUGCUUUGCCAUGUCCAUACUGCCCUUGUACAGGUAUUAUGUAUCACAUUUUUUUUGCCUCAUUUUGCAGCAUAGCUAUGCUAAUUGUUAGCAUAGAGUCCAUUUUUUUCAUUUGUGAACACACAGUCCUUGCCAUAGCUUUCUGUUCCUUCAGGAAUCUCGUCCGCGUUUCACUGAGCAGGCGAAAGAGGAAAGGUCAAAGCAAUAUUUUUUUUUUUUUUAUGUGAAACCCAUGUUUUUGUCUAUAUUUUGUCUUCUUUUAUUAUUUAUAAUAUCUUCACUCGCAUCCUUGGUGAUUUAUCGUGAGAAGAAACUGGACGAAUUAGGAAGCGUUUCUUAUUUAUAGCUUAUUGCGUCAUUGUUGAUUUCAUCGGAAUGAAUAUUCUUAUCUACUCGGAAAUUUAGAGAAAUUAGUUUACACACACACACACACACACACACACUGUUCUCACAUCAUCAGACACGCUGAUGAUUCUCUGCUUUUUUUGUCAAUUAAUAAUGUAAUUUAAUGCACGUUACUGUGAGACCAUUUGUUAUGUGAUGGUAUAUCAGAAGAGCUAUGCACAUCUGAAGUCUUGAGCAAGUUACCAAAGGAUAAAAUAGAAAGGCUGCUGGUAUGUUUCUCUGAUAUCGCCUUAGUUUCUUCAGUUUUUCAACCUUAGCUGAACUUGAGCUUAACAAGAGCAGCUAAGGUCAAAUCAUUGGUGAUUGAACCACAGAGGGGCCAUCAAUUCACCCUGCUAGCUCUGUUUUUUUUCUAUUUUAUAAGUCAGGCUGUGUGUUUCUUGUCUGGCCUGUGACAUUAGUUCAAUCCGCAGCUCGCUUAUGUGCCUAAUAACAAACUAAUUGAGGCCGGACGGUGCUGAGGAAAUUACAGGUAUGGCUUUUUGAAGAGUGUGCUAAUGCUAAAUAAGCUGUUUUUUUGCUCGAUGAAGUUCUGAAUUUGUUUCACUGCGACUCCCCUUUUCACUCAUCGUUUGCCUGCCAAAUAAUUUCUACUUAUUAUAUUUGUACUGUAAAAUA